AUGUCUAAGCGGUGCCGCACGCAGCCCUUUGGCUCAGGAGGAGCAGCCAAGUGGAAGCCUGGGCUGUCGGGCUUUUCCCUCCUACUUACCGGCGGCACCGCGGCGGCCGAUGGCUGCUCCUCCUGCCCUUGCCGAGGACAGAAGCGGCUGCUGCCGUGGGGCGGCCCCGCCGGGGCUGCUGGUUGCGGCUCCGGCACCGGGCAGGGGCGUCCCGGGGACCGGCCGUGCCCCGAGCCCCGGCUGCCGCUUGCGGACGGGGGCUGCUCGAACCACUCCGGUGCCGGUUCCCGUUCCCGGGCGGGGCCUGCGGGACUGCGGCAGGUGCCGCUCUCGGUCCGGCCGCGGGAGCGGAGGCGGGUGCCCUCGGCCCCGCACCGUUGCUCCGGGCGGUUCAGGGACGGCUGCGGGAGCAGGACGGGGCAGAGUCGGGCAGGACAGCGGGAGCCUCCGGCCCCGGCGGCGCGGCGGGGAUCGGACGAUCGCACCGGGACCAGGGCCCGGCAGGGCAGGACUCGGCGCGGAGCGAAGCCGCCCCAGCCCCUGGCAGCCCGGUCCCGGGAGGAAGGAAGGGCUCAGCGCGGCGGUGCCCCCGGCCCGGCCCGGUGCUACAGCCUCCUGUGCUGCUGCGGCGGCUCCGCCGCGCCCCGCGCCCGCUGCCCGCCCGUCCGCGCCGCCGCCGCCAAGAAACUUCUGCAGCAGUCGCGGCCGUGCGGGCGGCCGGUCCCCGCCGAGCCCCCCGCCCCGCCGGCCGGCAGCGCCCCGGGGGCGGCCCGCCCGGGGACCAAGCGCCUGCCGCGGGCCAUCGUGGUGGGCGUCAAGAAGGGCGGCACCCGCGCCGUGCUGGAGUUCAUCCGGGUGCACCCCGACGUGCGCGCGCUGGGCACCGAGCCCCACUUCUUCGACAGGAACUACCACCGCGGGCUGGAGUGGUACAGGAGCCUGAUGCCACGGACACUCGACAGCCAGAUCACGGUGGAGAAGACCCCCAGCUACUUUGUCACCAAAGAGGCACCUCGGCGGAUCUUCAACAUGUCCCGGGACACGAAGCUGAUCGUGGUGGUGCGGAACCCGGUCACCAGGGCCAUCUCAGACUACACACAGACCCUCUCCAAGAAGCCGGACAUCCCCACCUUUGAGGGGCUGACCUUCCGCAACCGCAGCCUGGGGCUGGUGGACACCUCCUGGAACGCCAUCCGCAUCGGGAUGUAUGCUGUGCACCUGGAGAGCUGGCUCCAGUACUUCCCCCUCUCCCAGAUCCACUUUGUCAGCGGGGAGAAGCUGAUCACAGAUCCAGCUGGGGAGAUGGGCAAAGUCCAGGACUUCCUGGGCAUUAAACGGGUUAUCACGGACAAGCACUUCUACUUCAACAAGACAAAAGGCUUUCCGUGCCUGAAGAAGUCGGAGAGCAGUGGUUUGCCUCGCUGCCUGGGCAAGUCCAAGGGCAGGACUCAUGUGCAGAUAGACCCCGAGGUGAUCGAGCAGCUUCGGGACUUUUAUAGACCUUAUAAUAUCAAAUUCUAUGAAACAGUCGGGCAGGACUUCAGGUGGGAAUAAGUGUCCAGGAGCAGUGCUGCAGUGACAUGAGGCUGCAGUCUUCCAUGAGGGGGGCCCAAGGGGCUGGAGCCAGGAUCCUCCCAGCUCGUCCUGCCCAGAAUUGCAAGCAGAGGCAGGCGAGGGCCUCCCUGUCCCUUGGGAGUUAGCAGUGCUCUGGAGUGAGCCAAGACAAGGAAGACACAAGAGUCCUGCUGCAGCCACCAUGCUGAGGGAUGAAGGCCCAGCAACACUGCCUGUCCCAGCGGGUCAGCAGCGCUAUGGCUUGUCCUGUGGGGUCCUGUUUGCUUUUAACACCACGUGGUCCCCAGGGCACAGUGAUGGCCCCAUCCUGUGACCUGUGAGCAGGCUGCUCCAAGCACGUCCCUCCUCUGUGUCCCAAGGCAGAUGGGUGUUCCUGGACAGUGGCAGUGGGACUGUCUCCCCACACCCUGGGCAGGCAGAGCUCCGGCCUCUCCACUUGCCUUCAUCACUCCUGCGCAGUGUGUACCCAUGAGGACAGUGAGAUGUAUCUGCUUGACAAAGAAGUCCAUGGAAAAUGUUGUACUGAUAUUUUGUCCUGUGAAUAAAGCACAGAAUCCUGCUGUUA